CCCACGGAGGUGGUGGAGUCAUCGUCCCUGGAGGUGUUAAGAAAAGACUGGAUGUGGCACUCCGUGCCAUGGUCUGGUUGACCACGGCAGUGCUGGCUCACUGGUUGGACUCGAUCACCUCAAGGAUCUUUUCCAACGUGAUUGAUUGUUGUGAUUCUGCAAAGCGCAGUCUGGCGGGAGAAAGAGAAUUAAUCCAGGGUGAUUUUCCCAAAUGCGUUCUCAUAGGAGCACACAGUAUUACUGAGUUGGCGCCCUGUGGAAGGCGGAGGGAGAGCGGAGCAGUGCCGAGAAGAGCUCUGGCAGCCCGGAACGCGCGCUGCACAUGCCGAGCGGAGUUUUCCAGCGGCGCCGCUGGUGUGAGGCUCGGCAGUGUCCCUGUGCCAGACAGCUGCUCGUGCGGGAGCCGAGCCCGCUUCGGGCAAAGACAGUGUUUGCUCAGCUUUUGUUUGCAUUAAGUCAUCUUUGUUUUAGAAUCACGCCGAAACAACCAUGCGUGGUUCGACUUCUCUUAUUUGAAACGUGUGUUAUAAAACGCUACAGGAUAGGGAAGAGAGCUACAUGUGGAAAAUGCACACGUAUUUAAAUUGGCCUUUUUUUUUUUUUUUUUUUUUUAUUUUUGCUACAAAAGGCAGGAACAAAAUGAUCUGGUGGUUAAUGACAGACAGACAACAAGCUAAUGAUAAUUUUCGAAAGUGGUAGUUAACUUGGAAUGUUAGAGAUUCUAUUCCCUGAGAACAGAGUUCCUCAGAUUAUAUCUGUGUGCUUUGACGGAGGGUGUGCUUUAAAUAAAAUUAAAUCCUGAGAAUAAGAAUACAAAUAUAUAACUGGCCACGCAUUUAUAAAUCUUGAAAAGGUUAGUGUAGAGUCAGUGGUACAUGAGUGAGUGAAGUAACAGGAAACUUCAAGAGAGAGGAAGUACUUUUAGGGCAGAUGUUUAAAUUACUGUUUCUAUUCUUCUAAGGAUUUGAAGUUUUGAAUAUAUCUUAACUCAUAAAAAUACACACACUUGAGGGGAAGAAAGAAGUUCCAUUUUCGAUAUUUUUAUGAUUGUAGUGGGCGAAUCUAUCAUCAGAGUGUUUUUCUGGUCUGUCAGGCAAGAAAGAGCAAACAUAUGUUAGCUUCAUCAUGGAAUUUUUCCCAUGGCACCAGAAAUCAAUGUAUAUGUAUUUAUGUUGAUAUACAUUUAGGGGUUGCUGCAAGUAGUCAUUAACAAAAGCUUAUGUUAAUUUAAAAUGUGUAAACCAGAAUUGAUUUAUAUUAAGUAUAGAACUUUCCAUAUCACCUCUGACUUUGAAAGGCUGGUACUUCCGGUGUCUUUAUUUUUUUCAUGGAAUGUAUUCCUUCAAGUUCAUCAUCAUAGUCAGUGAAUUUCUGAGCACCUGAUUUUCUUUAAAAUUAACAUGAAUUUUUCUGUCUGCUGAGAUGACAUAAUAAAAUCUUGCUCACAUAAGCUAGAACUAUGAGAAAGAUGUGGAAUUUAAUGUUUAAAUUCAGUAGUGGCUUGCUGUUUCAUCUAAAUCAGUUUUAACAAAUUAAUGUAGCUUUCUUUAUUCUGAGAAGUGAUUGGAUAAUAUAUUAAUCAAAUUUUACUUAAUUCUUUCCCUGAAUUUAAGAACUUGGAAAGAUGGCUGUGUUCUGCACUGUGAAAUCAAAGUCCAGAGACCAUUUAAAGGACAAUAAUUGCAGAAAACAAAUAAAGAAGAGGAGCCUGAAAUACAUAGAGAUUUUGAAACAAGAAGUGUGAAACAAAUCCUUGUUCUGCUCAGGCCCCCAGCUGUGCAACAUGAUAUGUAAAAUACGUGAUGUCCACACAACUAUGCUUGCAACUGUCACCUGCUUCAAACUUUUUAAGGAUUAACCCUGGGGGUUUGCACUUUUCCCACGGUGAACUGAACUAAUUUGCAAUGUUGUCAGACUGCAAAGCAGUGGGGAAAAAAAAGCUAGUACUUAAUCUUACAUUUAGGACUAAAGGAGAGGAACCUAGACAUGUACACCUGCUUCAGAAAAUGCUGCAAUUAAAAUGGAUUGCACAUCAACACUAAUAAUUUGGUGACUUUGGAGGUGUGUCCCUUCAAAACUAGUGAGUCCAUUUCAUUUAAUUUUGGCAAUUUUCAAUAGUUCAUUUUGUUAUUGUGUUCCAGGUCUUCUACUGUUACAUGCAUUUGAAACAGAUUUUCCAAUAUAUCCUCUGUAAAGAAAGCUCCUUCUGUUUGUUUUUUUUUUGUUUGUUUUAUUUUCUGACAGCUUCUAAUGGAGGCACUAAAAAGUCUUCAUGACACUCACAAACCUUUUUACAAAGUCAUUCAGUUGAUUAUUUCUUUCUUGAAAUUAAACCCUAGAUUGUGGAUAUAUAAUUUUUUUUGUGUUGGGCAUGAAAUAAAGACUGAUGGACAUAGUUGUACAUUAGUUCCUUAAUAAUGUGAAGUUGGAUCAUGUCCUGUACUUUUCUGAAGAGUAAAUCAGGAGCUUUUUCUCCUCUUGUGGGUUUCCUGAUUGGAGUCACUGAAACUAUCCAUGAACCUUUUACCUCAGCAGUGCACCACUGCGUAAUUUACCUGAUUUACAUCACUUUUUGCUUCUCGUUCUUAGUCUCCCACAGUAUGUCACAGUGCCUGUCACCAUCCUAGUCCCCCUAUCAGUAUUAUAGUCUUAAAAAUUCUGUGCUCUCCUACCUAGCUGACAAGCCCCAGUCCAUACUGAUCCUAUUUUACUUAUUAAUCCAGUGAACUUGUUUAUCUGAGUUGACUCAGGCGUUUUAGUGUUUAACACUAAACUGUUUGUUGCAGCAGUUUUUCCUAUGUUUUGUGUACUGGACAAUAAGCUUUAAAUUUAUUAUUUUCCUUCACCAUGUUUUUAUAUGUUUACAAUGUUAUUAAUUUAAACCCAUCCAUUUUGCUUUCCUCAUUGUAUUUCUGGUAAUUUGCUUUGUAUAUAUUUUCAUAUUGGCAGUAUUUUUUGAGUUACCAUGUCAUAUUUAAGUUCAACUCUAUUCUUAGUCAACCAAUAAACCGAAUCCUCCAAUAUCUGCAAAACAAUACAAGUAAGUAAUUUCUUUUGCUCUUAAUUUCUUUACUUGCCCUACAUUUUCACCAGUACAAUAUAAACUUUAUGAUAUUACUGUCCUAAAAUUGAGUAUGUCUAAAAAUUACAUACCCCAUACUUGAUCAAAGAGAUUAAAAAAAGGGAAAUAUGAAAGUUAAAGAAAACUGAUUAAAUCUGAAUUCCAGAAUCUGAGCAGAAAGCCGCAACAGGCAUGAAUACAAAAUGUUUAUGGAUUGAUAUAUGUUUUGUGGGAGAAGGCUGCAAUUUUCAUAAUGCACAGUAGAAGGGACAAAUUAUUUUUGUAGGUGCACAAAGUACACAAGGUGCACUAAGAAAUAUACUUAUGCAAUUCUACAUUUUUUUUCUUGGUAUAUGGCUCUACACUUUCAAGAGAGCAAGAAGAUUAGGAAAUAAUAGGAUUUCCAGUGUUAAAUAAUAAAAGGUCUGUACAAAACAUUAGAGGAAAUUGCAGGAUUUUUUGUUUUGUUUUGUAAAUAUUUAUUAGUUUCCUACUUUAAACCUUCUCUAAUUUUCUAAGUAUUUUAGAAGCCAUUUUCAUUGAGACUGUGAGAUUAUUUGCAUUGAAUGCCACAGCAGUUUUCAUUCUCAGUCUUCUUUUUCAUGCUUAACAAUAUUUCAGAUUUGAAGUAAUGAUAAACCACACAGUUACUGUUUUGUUGUUUCAAACUUAGAAUAUCUUGAAAACACAACUUAUAUUUUAGCCCUGUUCUGGGUGCAUGAAACUCUCCUUUUCCAUCACCUUCAAGCAGGAGGUUUCCUUUUAUGAUGGAUUCUAUGGCUGUAGCCUUGUGGAAAUAAUUUUGAUUUGCUCUGUUUGUUCAGUUCAAAGGUAAGGGCAUUCAGAGAAGUUUUGAUUGUAUUUUUGGUCUGUUUAAUAACAGGAGAAAACAUCGAAACAAGAUAUUAGAUCAUGACAGAAAUAGGAAAAAAUAAAUCAAAUUAGAAAAAUUUUCAGUAUAAAUAGAUUUAUAAUUACAAGCCCUUGAAUUUAUGUAAUUACACAUACUCAAAAAAACCUCUAUGUCAUUGCCAUAAUGAAAAAGCCAUCAUUUCUCUUCAAAAGCACUUCAGAAAGCAAAAUUCAGACAGUCUGCCAGCAUAUUCAAUUUGUCCAUCUCUCACAAAAAUUGUACCCUGUCUUCAGUAAGGAAAUUUGUCUUCUGUCAAAAGCAAAUCACAAGAAUUUCUCAGAAAAAAUAGCAUUCCUCUCAUCACUCCUUGGAAUUAAAAUUGUGAAUAUUUCUCUUCCCCCUUGCUCCCUCAAGUGUUUAAUUUCAUGAAUAUAUAGGUCCCUGACCUUGGCCUGAUUGACAGGGGAAGUUAAAACUGCAAGCACUUACUAUUCCUUUCAAUGCAUCAGUGAAUAGAUGUUAGGAAUAUUAAAUGGAUGAACACACCUUAACUAAUAUUUAAAUUAUGGAAGGUAUGAUGUAUGCCACUUUAUAGUAAACAGUUUACUUAAUAAUACAGUUUUUUUACGUUAGUAAAAAUCUGAAAUACUAUGAUUAGAAGAAAAAGCAUUAAAUUUUUUAAUGUAUAAUAAACAUGCAUCAGUGUAUUGUGUGCUUGCUACUAGAAUUUAUUUUAUUUGGUUAUAAUUAGCAAAUAUUAGUAAACAUGAACCUACAGACUGCUUAUGCCCUCUAUUCCCUGAACUACUCUAUUCAAACACAAUUUUUCUCUUCCUCAUCUUUUUCCAGCUUCCAGAUAAUAACAAGGGGGCUGCUGUUUCAUCAGCAGUUGUGUACAUUCCAUAUGCCAGGUUAUGAAUUUUAUUAUAGAGAAGUAAAAUUGAACAGAAUGUGCAAGUUGCCAAAAAUUAUUAAUAAAAAUUGUCAGAAGAACCAAGAUUGCUUUCGAGUUGGGAGUGAAGUGUUCUGUAGAUACACUCACAGUCUUUAAUUUCUUAGAGAUCUUAAUAUUUAUACUAAGAUCCUAGAUCCCACAAUAAAAUAUGUUGUAAGAAGUAGACUGAACAAGAGUUAUCAGGCCAUAUUGCCUAGCAGUGAUUUCUUUAAUUCUCAUUUGAACUUCUCUUUCUAGCGUCUGUGUUCUUUGAAGACUCUUACACAUAAACCAUAAAAAGUGUGUUGAUAUUAAAGCUUGUAUUUCCUCCCUACUACAAUAUAAAUUUUUUCACCCAUCCUCAGCCUUUCAUUACUAUUUUAUUCAAAGAAAGUAUAACCAAGAGUCUCAUUCAGAGUUUAGUUCCAAGACUUAAGUUCAUCAAGAUGAACAAGGUUCUCACAUUAUUUUUAUGCUGGUCAAUGGGGAAGAUUGAAGAGAGAUUGAAAGAUGAAAAGAGGGCUGUGUAUCCCACUGGACAUGAAUGGAGUCUUCGUAGUCCAUUGGACCUGAUGAUAUGCAUCCCAGAGUCCUGAAGGCAUUGCCUGAUGAAGUUCCCAAGCUGCUCUCCAUGAUAUUUGAAAGAUUAUGUCAGUCAGUUGAUAUGCCAGUGACAAAAAGGGAAACAUACCUAUUUUUGAAAAGAACAGAAAGAAAAAACUCUGGAAACUACUAACCUGUCAGCUUCAACUCUGUGCCUGGAAAGAUCAUGGAACAGAUUCUCCUAGCAAUUGUGCUGAGACAUUUGGAGGACAAGGAAAUGAUUUGUGACAACCAGCGCAGCUUCUCCAAGGCAUUUGAAAAUUUAGUGCCACAUCAGAAUGACUUGCAACAGAAUGACAGCAGAUUUCAGAGCCUUCUGAAACACAAUCCAAGAUGGUAACAGAUAAGAGAGCUCAUGUGCAUGAUGCAGAGCAGCUGAGAGCUCAGAGCCUCCAAGAAGAGCCCAAGACACUGAAAAGGGGGAAAGCCACGACACUGCACUUCAGCCAGGAGAUUUGGAGUCAAGGAAGGUUUCUGAAAUCACUGGAGACUGCCUGAGAACAGACCGUGUGAGCCCUUGAUCUGAUACUUCCUCCCGAGGAAAGACAGGCAUCAUGAAAAAGAGAUUCAUUUCAUCAGUUCAAAUCAUUUUGCAGCUUGCUCUGACUACAGUAGGUCUGACUGGUCAGUCGUACCCUGGAAAACCUCAGAUAAUAAGAUGUCGUUCUCUAGAAAAGGAAACCUUUUCGUGUUGGUGGAAGCCUGGCUCAGAUGGAGGACUUCCAAACAAUUACACCCUGUUCUACAGCAAGGACAGUGAAGAAAAAAUCUAUGAAUGUCCAGACUACCUAACAUCAGGUCCAAAUUCCUGCUACUUCAAUAAAAACCACACUAAUCCCUGGACAACCUAUAUUAUCACUGUAACGGCAACAAAUGAGAUUGGAAGUAACAGCUCAGAUCCUCAGCAUGUGGAUGUAACUUCCAUAGUUCAGCCAGAUGCUCCAGUGAAUCUCUCUCUAGAAACAAACACAUCUGCCAACAUGUCAUACAUUUGGGCAAGAUGGUCUCCACCCCCAUUAGCUGAUGCCAGCUUUAAUUCACAUGUAUAUCACUAUGAGCUUCGACUAAAGCCUGAGGAAAAAGAAGAGUGGGAGACAGUAUCUGUAGGAAUGCAGACGCACUACGAGGUGACCAGCCUGCAAGCUGGGGUGAAGUACAUCGUUCAGGUGCGUUGCAUGUUAGACCUUGGAGAAUGGAGCGAGUGGAGCUCAGAAAGAAGCAUUCAGAUCCCUAAAGAACGGUUACCUCCUGAAAAGCCUACAAUAAUAAAGUGCCGUUCUCCUGAAAAAGAAACAUUUACUUGCUGGUGGAAACCUGCUUCAGAUGGAGGACUCUUGACCAACCACACAUUGCUUUACAGCAAAGAGGGAGAAGAAAAAGUUUAUGAAUGUCCAGAUUACAAAACUGCAGGCCCCAAUUCGUGCUACUUCGAUAAAAAGCACACCUCUUUCUGGACCAUAUACAAUAUUACUGUGAGGGCAACUAAUGAAAUGGGAAGUAAUGUCUCUGAUCCUCAUUAUGUGGAUGUGACUUACAUAGUACAGCCAGAUCCUCCUGUGAAUAUAACUCUGGAAUUAAAAAAGUCAAUAAAGAGAAAACCGUAUCUGGUCCUGACAUGGUCUCCACCCCCACUAGCUGAUGUCAGAUCUGGAUGGCUUACCCUUGAAUAUGAAUUGCGACUAAAGCCUGAAGAGGGAGAGGAAUGGGAGACUAUUUUUGUUGGACAACAAACACAAUAUAAAAUGUUUAGUUUAAAUCCUGGAAAGAGGUACAUUGUACAGAUUCACUGCAAACCAGAUCACCAUGGACUUUGGAGUGAGUGGAGCCCAGAAAUGUAUAUUGAGAUCCCUACUGAUUUCAGAGUAAAAGAUAUGGUUGUGUGGAUCAUCGUUGGUGUCCUGUCAUCCCUUAUAUGUUUAACCAUGAGCUGGAUAAUGAUUAUGAAAGGGUACAGAAUGAUGGCCUUUAUCCUGCCACCAGUUCCAGGACCAAAGAUAAAAGGCAUAGAUACACAUCUGCUAGAGACAGGAAAAUCUGAGGAAUUACUGAGUGCUCUUGGUUGCCAUGGUUUCCCUCCAACAUCAGACUGCGAGGAACUACUGAUAGAAUAUCUGGAGGUGGAGGACAGUGAGGAUCAGCAGCUCAUGCCAAGUCAUGACACUCAUUGUAAAAAUACAAAAAUUAUACUCAAGGAAACAGACAGUGACUCAGGCCGAGGGAGCUGUGAUAGCCCUUCUCUCCUCCCUGUGAAGUGCAGGGAAUCCCGCAGCCUUCCAUCUGCUCUUCAAACACAAGAUGUAAGAGCUAAAGAAAAAAAAGGAGGAAAAGGGAGCUGGGAAACUCAGUGUACGGCCUCAGAACAGAAAACGCUCCCUUGUAACAGUGAGAGUAAAAAGUCAUGCACGUGGCUGGCAGCUCAGUUGCCCAGUAAUCAGGCUGCUAUGUUUGCCUACCACAGCACUGUGGAGGCAUUCAGGAUAACACUGAACACCACAAAUGUGAACACUUCACCAGUUUUGGUGGGAAAUGAAGAAAACCGUCAGUCGCUGUAUCCUAUUGCUGAAACUGUGUAUGAUGACAUGGAAAAGAUAAACGAGAUGGAAUAUUCCAAAACUGACCAAACCACAGUGCAGGUCAGACAAAACCAACAAAAUGACAAGUCGCCUUUCCUGAAUCCUAAACUAAUGGACUAUGUAGAAGUUCAUAAAGUCAGACAAGAUGAGGAACCAACACUAUUACUGAAACAUAAAGAAAAUAGUGGAAAGACCAAAAAAUGCACUGUUCCAGGAACCAGCAAAGAAUAUACCAAGGUCUCAACAGUUAUGGACCAUCACAUUUUAGUAUUAUUGCCAGAUCAGCGCACCCAAAACACACCUGUGUCUCAAGAACCUGUAGCAGAAACACCUCAGAACCCACAGCAAAGUCAAGCUGAGAAGAAUACGAGCUACAGCACGACAACUCCAAGUGAUUCCACAAGAGACACCAGUGGAUCAGACUACAUGGACCCAUCUUCCUUUAUGCCCUCCUUUAAAUAACCUAUUAGUACAGCACAUACUCAGUGGUUACACACAGCAAAAGAAACUCACAUAGCAAACAGCUCUUUUAAAAAGCCUAGUCUUCAAAAGCCUAAGCACCUGUGUGCAUUGUACACGUAAUAAAAUAAUCUGUGAGUUGAGGUUAUAGUCAUGGAUGUCAGUCCUGGAUCAUUAGCACACAUUUCUGACACGGUGAAAUGAGGAAAUGGAUCUUGUCUGUUAUGAAAAAUGCACUGUAAAAUAAUUAUUCAGUUCUGUAAAACUUCUGUUGGUCAAUGAAGCCUGAGGAGGUACCACAGAUUCAACAAAGAUGAAAAUUGUUGUGGAUUAGUCAGCAAACCAUAGCGAUCUGAGCAGUUCCUACAUUAGAUAAAUCAUUGCACAAUGUAUUCUUACCUACAAUGUGUUUUCUUCUGAAUGCGUUCUAGCACUAGAUUAAGUUUUCUUUAUCUUUUUUCUCAAUCCUUGAGAAAAAGGAACUCUUGUACAUUACAAAUCAUAUAUAAAAGAGAACAUAUUCUACAAAUUGCAGUAAAAUAACAAAUUCUUCUAAAUAUAUUUUUGUUUUGUUUCAAUGUGACAAAAAACUGCAUCCCAUUCAUAUCUUAGUCCAGACAAACCAAAAUGAAAAAGAAAGCAGGAUAAUAUAUGAUAUACUGCCUUACUGUAUAUAAUAUACAAUUUUACUUUAAUAUAAGCCCAUAUGUUUAACAAUCUAUUUUUAAAGGCUAUUUUUCUAUUACCAAAAAAAGAGCAAAAUAAAAUAUUUUUUAAUUUCCCAGUGCUAUUUAGCUACCUAGGAACUUUUCUCUUUCCUUCUGCCGAGGCAGUAAUAAGUAAAGCUAUAAUUUCUAUACAAAGCAUAAAAUUAAACUUUAUACUAAUUAAGAAUAUGGAGACUUUUUAAACUAUAUUUCUAAUAUAUUACAGAUAUAUUACUAUUUGAAUUGUAAAUUAUUUGUUUCACAGGUUUUUUUAUUACCUGUAAUUAUAUAAUUAAAAUAGAAUUUAGGUUUCAAGAGCUAAGGUUCUGUCCCUUUGAAUUUGUACUCUGAUGCCAAUUAUAAAUGAAAUGGGGUUCUUCCACACUUUUCUCUGAGCCUGGAAGGAAAGUCAGAUUUUUCAUAAUGAAUUUAUUAACAUCAGUUUUGAAACCCAGCCUCCAAGGUCUGAUUCAGACCUCCACUGAAAAAGCAGUGGGAAUGAGGAGGCAAGUCCAUGCACUUGGGCUGAUCAUGUGUCCCCAGAACAGCAGUGGGAACAGUAAGGAUCCACUAUAUCCCAUGUAACUGAAGACAGAAUCAAAAUGAUACUGUAGUGGCUGCAAAGUUGUUGUGGUCCUUCCUUCUUGAAACAAAGGUUUCAUUUACUCCAGAAAAGUAUGACUGUGUGAUGACUGAUUAAAAGUGGGCAAAGUAUUUAGCCAGCACCUCUAGCUUCAGGGGAAACUGGAAAUUUAAGGUGAGGGAAUGAUCCUGUACCUGUGAAGGAGAGUGUAUGUGAUAGAUGGGCUCCCUUUUGUUAGUCUCCUUCCUGAACAGCUUUACUUUUCCCCAUAUUUUUAUGAUUUUAUGCACUGAGCAAACCUUCCUGUGGUACGAGGUGCCUGCUGCAGAGCCAGACAAAAGAGAAUUUAAGAUUCUGAAGGUACCGGAUGGUCACAACUAAUUUGGCAAAUCAGAUUCUUACCCUUUAUCUUCCAAGCCAGUGGAACUGCUCAAGCACAGAUCAAUAGAACUGCCUAGCCUUUGCACAGGCAGGACUUCAGAACGUAGCUAAUUAUCUGUGUGUCUGUAAACAUACAUGGUAAUGUAGACUGUAACAUUAGGGUGGCAUCAGAUUUAGAGCCUGUCCUCUAUACAGGCAACUGCCCACUUUCAGGGGCUGAUCUGAGCAGUCUGGAUGCUCUGCUGAAGGUGUGGGAAGGUAUCCUAGAUUCCUAAUUCAGCCACUUACUUAACACAUGAAGACACAAAGGGGCUACUCCAGGUAUCAGCCAGACAUAAAACUGUGUUCAGUUAUGGUUAACAGAAUAAUUUUACCAUAGAUACUCUGUAUGUAGUAUACUAGUACUGCAAAUAAACUCUUGAGUUAUGAGGAAACUUAUGCGUGUGGAAGUGUGUAAGCUGAUAAUACACUGUGUCUGACAGUGUUUUAUUUACCCUUCAGUUUUCUGACUGAAUCUGACAGAGCUAACACCAUCAGACACACUCUUCUUUCUUUACACAGAUAGCUCUAUCUGUGUAGUUUCCUAUACGAGAUGAUGUGCAAAAAGAUGCGCUGCUACAGGCCUUCUGGGAUGUAUCUGGUGACGCACAGAGGCUAUAGUACCUUAUCAAGCCUAGAGCCUACAGAUGUUCCUUAUAGAGUAGAUUUCUUGGGUUAGAACACAGGUGACUACUCAGAUGUACGACAGUAACAGGCUGUUCCCACUGCAUCUUUUUACCUGAAGUUACUUUUCACCUGAAGCACACAGACACAACAGUUAGAAGAUUUUAAGUGUAUGAUUCAUCCUGCCUAACUGUAGCAUGUGUGCCUCCAAUAAUCCACACAGAAAGAGAGUCAAGGAGUUUCUCUGCUUUGUCAUAAAUGAAUACUGAAACUGUAAAAUAGUUGUAGCCUAAAUUACUUUGUGUGGUGUUGAGCAUCUCCCACCUUUGCUGAUGAAUGUUUCAAUAUGCCAAAUCAUCAUGGCUCUUCAUGGAAAGGGAAAGUCACCCACACUGGAAAAGGGGCAUUUUCUUGCUGCUUUGAAGUUUUGGGGGAUUUGCUAGUUAAAUGUAAUUUGAAUGUAUUGUCAUAAAUGUAUUUAAUUCUUGAAACUGAACUAAUGUGCAGAUAGAUUAAUUUUCCCUUGGUUUUGCUUAUAUUUUUCAAAACACCCUGUUGCUCCCAGUAGCAGAGCUUCUGAAAGUGACCUUAAACAUCUGAAAGUACAUUAAAAAAAUAAAAAACAAGUGUUCUGUAAAAUCAAAAUAACCUUCUGCUAAGUGUUUGGCCAUUUUAAUGUUUAAAGACUUCAUUUUUUCUGUUUGCAACAGUAUUUUUGCUUGCCGGUCUUUAUGCUUUUCAUUAGGAAGUACUCGAGUUAUUGCAGCACUUCGAUAGAGUCAAACACUGUAUAAAAUAAUUAUGACACAACAGUGGGGAAAAACAGGCUCUUGACACCUCCUUUGAUAUCCAGAGGGAGAAACAGAAUUUACCCCAGGAACAGGGAUCAGCCCUCUAGCUCUUGCACCAUUAGUCAAAUUUCUCACUUGGAAUAAUAGUUUCAAGACUCUGAAUGAUGUUUUCAACAUCGAAGUUAUCUACAUGUCAUUUAAAGUGUGAUCUACUUUGUGAUAGCAUAAAAGGCCUAAAAAGUAGCAUAAAGACUCUUCUACAGAAAUAGUUUUACAAAACUCCUGAAAUUGAACAUAUGCAUUUUAUUUAAUUACCUUUACUUCUGACUCAGACUAAUUUUAACAUGCUUUCUUCAGAAUUGGCAAAUAUGAUUCAUUAUCGUAUUUUUUUUACUAGAUUUGUUUUCAGCAGAUACAUAUUUGAUGUACAAUUUUAGUAUUUCUGUGUAAUAUUUCAGACUUUAGAAGAAAUACAAACUAAUGAAUUGGCACAUGCUCACAAAGCUCAGUAUCACAUAUGAUUAAGACUUUAAGUUUGGUCUUUAUGAUACUAUGUAACUACAAAGAUUAUUUAAUAAAAAUGCAGUGAAAUAACCUGAUAUAAUCUUAGUAAGAGGAUAUGUGUGUUUAUGGAGAAAACUGUAAAACAAAUAUGUAAUGAUGAUUUAUGUCAAACUGAAUUCUGUAGUAUAUCUAUCUGUGUGUCUAUGUUUAAAUGGCUGAAAAAUAGACAGCUGCUUUAAAUGUCAUUCAAGUAUCCCAAGUGUAGUAGCAGCAGGUGUUUAAAAUGAAUAAGCAGAACUUUUUGUGCUCUCUGAAGCAUUGUAUAUGUGGGGUUUACAUCAUGAAGCCUGUAAGUGUAUAUCGUAAUUUCAUGGUAACUAAAUGAUCUGAAGCCGUUGUGCAAGGAAACUGAAGUCACGUAAGCCUGUUGAUAGACAUCAGACAUCUUCUGCAAAGCCAUAAAGACAAAUGAAGUAAAAAAAGUGUCAUGAGAUCAGGCAUCACAUUCUCAAAUAAUUGCUACCUCAGAUUUUAUUUUUGUCUCCCUUUAAAAGGCAAGCAGAAAAAAGCAUUUUGCUUUUUUUGUGUGUUUAAAUUUGUGACUCAUUCUGUCAAGAAUUUAAAAAUCUCAUUUGUAAGUUCAAAUUAUUUUGUUAAGAAAAAGCUUGUCAUGGAAUCAUCACUUCUGUUGCAGUGGCAGUAUGAGGAUGGAAUAUUUGAGAUGUGUAGCAAAAUUAAAUGCUGUAAUUAAUUAAUUAAUUAAAUGGAAAAAAGAAAGCUAAAGUAAGAAUUUUGUAAGAAUAUCCUUGCUGUCCAGAUUGGCAGUCAAGCAUCAGUCCCUUUCCUGGCCUGAAAAGUUUUUUGCCACUAUUUGUAUUCCCAGGUCACUAGGACUGAUUGAGCCAAUUUUCCAGAGGUGCUGUCAUUCUGGAUCUCACCAAUGGAACUUAGUGUUUAUCAAUAUUUGCUAUUUAGAAUUAUCUGUUUUCAACUGAGUUCCUAGGAAGCAAGCCUUUCAAGUCUGUCUGAGUAAAAAUGGAAAGCCCUGCUCUCAACUAGAUCAAACUGUCACACUAAAAUCAGGCUCUAGCUCCUGUGGGUGUGGAAAGACAGACUGAAUUAUAACAAUUUGAGUAACCUUGUGGCCCAGCCUUGAAAACCAUUUUGAAACAAAUCAGGGAUUUUCUUCGGGUUUUUUUUGUGUAUGUCAAGCAGAAAAAUAAAGAUAAAUGGAUGCCUAAACACAUAAUACAUGGGGAUAUAAAUAACUUAAAUAUGAUAGAAGCAUAGAACAGUUUAGGUUGGAAAACACCUAUAAGGUCAUAAAGUCCAAAUGUUAACCCACUCCUGCCAAGUCCUCCACUAAGUGACAGGAAGAGCAAAAAUGUUGCUGCAUGUGACAGAGAGGAAAAGGAGUACAGUCACUGUGGGACUGUAGAUGAUGAGGGAAAAAAUGCCUUUUGACUACAGCUGAGAAGAACGGGGGUAGAAGAGAAAAUGGAAGGGAAAGAAUGAAAUGUGAGAAUAGACAGUAAAAAAUAAGAACUAGCAGAACUGAGAGGAGUGAUAAAUGAGUUAGUGAGGGGAAAUAAAGGAAGAGAAGGAAAUACUUUUAUAUCUAAUGUGGGAAUGUGGGCAGCUACCUGAUAUAAUCCACAAAAUCAGUAAAGCCUUAUGCAGUGCUGAAGAGUUGGCAAAAUGUUGAAAUCAGCUGCUAUGGAUCAGCUGUUACAUAUGAGCAGGAAAAGCCCUAUACAUGAGAAGUGGUCAUUUGUUUUCUACCAGUUAUGGGAUUUUUCUUCCCCAUAUCUGACAUUGGUCCCAGGCAGAAACAAAACUCGAAGAGUCAGUCUCAGCAUCUGAUCUGACACUGUGUUUCCUACAUUCCUAAGAGAAAAAAUCAAGAGAAAUAAAGUGUACCGCACUGCUUUUAUAAACAACCUUCCGUUUUUCACACAGAUAUGCAGGGGAGAUUUAUUUGUCCAUCUACAUUGUCCCACACAUGUGUCUACCAUUCUUAAGCAUUGUUUUGUUUCUGUUUAGUAUAUAUAAGACAAUGACCUAGGAGCUCCAAGAGAAAAAAUACUUUGGGGAUAUUACUAAGCAGUCUCUUGGCAUUUCUGGGCAUUGUUUCACUUUGUACCUGUGACAAUGUAUCUGUUAAUACUUUCCUUAGCUGGGAAGUCGCUACCGUGGUAAUAAAUUCUGAAAAUUACCAAGUGGGGUUUAAGAUACAUCUCUUCAAUAUGUUACAUUUUUAAAAGGCACUAUUAUAUCUCUUGGAAGUAGUUAAGAAAAAUACCUGAAUUAGUUGUGUGUCCUCUCAGAGUGCUGAUAUGCUAAAAGCUGAUCUUAUACUCAAGAUAUUGGUGCAUAGAGCAGUUAGAUAUAAAAAAGUCUUUUUUUAUAUAUUUCUCUUUUUGGAAGGUUUAUUGUCCUUUUCUACUCGGUGAUGCUGCUUGUCUUGGAUCUUGACAUUAUUUAACUAUUUUUUUUUAACAAUGCUGCUUUUGGAUCUAUUUUUGUGAGCUUCUGAGUACCUUCACCUCACUUUGACAUCAAUAAACAUUGAAAGAUUUCAUUUCAGUUCCUGCAAUGGUUAGAGACUUGUAGCACUGAGUAGAAUUUUUAGAGGAUGCUGGAAAUCACUUUACAAGUCACUUGUAGAAAAAAAUCCCUUCAGUAGAAUGGAAAAUUAUACAUGUUUAGAAAAAGGCAGAUUUUUCUACAGGCAGAACUAUAAUGAUGUCGUAUCAUAUUUUUUAAUAUUCAUGAUGCUGUAGACUACUCUUAAUUCUCAUCCCUUUGUCUUUCAUUCCAAAAGGGAGAUGAAACUACUGCUCAGCUGUACUCAGAAAGAGCUCCUGGGCUGCUUUAGUGUUGUUUAUUUUUCAUUUUGGAAAGUAAAUUUUUCUAUCCUGACUAUAAAAAUGGUUUAUCAGAUAUAAUACAACCAUCAGUUCUUAUAUAUGUGUUAUAUUGCUCAGAGAUAUUCAGCAUUAUCUUGGCUUCUGAAAUAUUUUUGUUGUGUUUUGUGUAUGUUUUAGUCAUUGUGUAAGAUACAGCAAUACUGAAGGCACUGUUAAAAAAAGUACAGCCCAGAAAAAAACAUGUUAGCAGACAUUAACUAAUUGUAUUUGUUCAAAAUUCUGAUACACUGUUAAGUGAGGGUAAAAGUCUCUGGAACUCCUUUACCAUUAAUUGUGCCAGCAGUCUCUCAAAGAAACAAAAUUGACACCUUCUGAAUAAUAUCCAGAAUAAACAGUAUAUUUUCAGCAGGGAAAGAGAUAACCCAAUAUUUAGAGCAUACUUUUUUCCAUUUGCAUAAAGCAUUUCAUUGGUAGAUUUGCAAUACAAACUAGGCAUUUUUUCCAGUACAGUUUCAGAAUUUGUAUGCAAUGGAACAUGAGAGGUUAUCACAGCAUCAUUACUGUAGCAACAGAAUUACUUUAAGCACAAUUAUUCUGUGAACCAGAUCCAAAUUAUUUUGAAAAUUUCUAAAAUACAGGAAAUUGUAAGAAUUAGAUUUCAUAUGUAGUAUGUACUUUGGUUGGAGAAUACUGGUAUAAAAGUAGUUGCUCAGGAAUCCUUCAUUGUUUCUAAAUGUAUCUAAAGGAAAAUGCUUUCAAAUAAAUUUUUUAAGUUCUUAAUAUUGAAAAUGCUGGCUUUAAUAGAAUCUGUUAGUGUUUUCACUUGCAAGAUCAAUAUUGUUAUGAUGUCUGUAGCUUUCUGAUGAAUUAUCUUUUGUCAUUGUAAGAUCUCUUUGCAAUGGUGUUCGCAUUUCAGUUCAAUAAAGGUUCGUGAAUAAAAUUCA